GUGGAUGUUCUUCAAUCAGGUGUGCCAAAGCAAGACCGGCAGGAUAGGUUCAACGGAGAAACAGUAUUCCCGGCUGCCGUGCCAAGUGUGUAAUGAUCCGAGUCAAUGCCGAGCCUGAGAACUACGUCCAUCCACUGACCGUGACCUGGUAUACAUCGUUGUACAUUGCGCGCACCGCAGCAUAGAGCCAGCUCGGUUGCUAGUACAAUACACACGAACGUGGCCGUGUGUACUGCUGAAGGGGCUGAUGCGCUUAGACCGGAGCCACCGUGACUGGCGGGAUAUAUACCUGAAAAAAGCUGCGAAGGCUAUAUUACGCCGCUCGCAGUACUCUCCCCAUUAUGGAAAUCCGUACAUCUCGGUCGACAAGAGCCUAUUGCGGCCGGAAUAUCUCUUGGGUCGGCUGAAGCAUGCCGAACGUCUUCACAGAAGCACGGUAAACUGGAACAACUACAAUGCCCUCAAAUCGGCAAACGAAGGCUAUACUGCCGCGAUCAAGGACAAUAUCCUGACGAAACAAUUACCCACAACAUGCGCAUCGAGGGCGCUCCGAGGAUUCUGUCUACCGCAAAAUGCCACUCUUACAAAGUUGUUGGAAAGCGCAGGCAUGAUCGUCCUGGGAAAGACGAAUAUGGACGAAUUUGGCAUGGGCUCACACACCAUCAACUCUGCGUUCGGAGCUUCAUCCAAUGGUGACCCUCGACGACCAGGCGCUUUAUCAGUCGGUGGAAGUUCUGGUGGGAGCGCGCUUGCUGUUGCUCAAGAUCUCGCCCACAUUGCAAUCGGCACCGAUACAGGAGGUUCGAUUCGAUUGCCGGCGGCCUACAUGAGUCUGAUUGGCUUCAAGCCAUCCUACGGGAUGAUAUCACGCUUUGGCGUUGUCCCUUACGCGAACUCACUAGACACCGUGGGCAUCAUCGCAAAGUCCGCAGCAGACAUUCGGCUCACUUUCGAUAUCCUCCGCAGACCGGACGCGAGUGACCCUACCUGUCUGACUGCUGAAUCCCGAAAGCGAAUACAAAUCACUAAAAAUCGUCGCAGGGCGUCUGUCCUAGAGUCCAACAUCAACGUCACGCCUGCCUUCAGUCCCCGAGACGGAAUAGCUCCUCCGAAGCAGCGGGCUUGGGCACGAAGCCACUUUGAUUUCCAACGAAGCUUUGCGCGACGAAUUGGCGUUCCCAUAGAAUACAACAUCGCCGAGAUGCAUCCGCUUGUCCGCUGGGCCUGGACUGCCACAUUAAGUCACCUGCAGAUGUACGGGUUCGAGAUUGUACCGAUUUCUCUGCCAUCCACCAAGCAUGCGCUUUCGUCUUACUACGUGCUUGCCCCUGCCGAAGCUUCGUCCAACCUAGCCAAAUAUGAUGGUGUGCGGUAUGGUGCAGAGCGAACACGUCCUUCCGAUGAUGAUGCUGGUGCCCUUUAUUCCGGGUAUCGUGGCGACAACCUGGGUCCUGAAGUUAAGAGGAGAAUUCUGCUAGGAACGUACAGUCUGAGCGCCGGUGCGAUGGACAACUAUUUCAUCCAGGCCCAGAAGAUCCGGCGCAUGGUACAAAAGGACUUCGACGCCGUUUUCAGGAUGCCACAUCCCUUCCAGGAUGAUGCACCCUUUAACAAGCACGGCGUGGACAUGAUUGUUGUUCCUACAGCUCCCACUCCUCCCCCCCAUGUUCGAUUCUUGAAGGACGCAAGCCCUGUCGAGUCGUACAUGAAUGACGUUUUCACCGUGCCUGCCAGUUUGGCGGGGCUUCCAGCAAUUUCGGUGCCGGGACCACGCCAUCCUGACUAUCCAUGGAAAGCCGAACGAGCGGUCGGUAUUCAGGUGAUCGGACAAUACGGGGAUGAUUUCUCAGUCAUCUACUUUGCCCAGAACUUCCUCACCAACUUUCACAACAUGAAGACGCUGGACCGUCUGCAGCAUGACAAGAUGUUCCAGGAGAGCCCGCUUACUAGGUAGGUAGUGUUGGCAAUAUUUGGCAUUGUAUUGGGCGGCCUCCUGCUGUACAAAAUGUAAAAAUACAUGAUAAUGAUACCACACCACAAUCUUCCGGUGCCCUCCCCAUGGUCAUCACAAUAGACCUCUUCUCGUUAACUGGACCUGCACGUCAUCAACAACGAUUCGCCAAGGACUGUUUUCCUGUCCUGAUUCGGAAACCGUCUUUGGUACUUUACUUCGCGGACUCUCUACAGCCCAUCCAUCAACCUUCACUUUCACUCUAACAUCAACUCGCGUCUAUCACAUUUCUUCACUCACAACCACUCACUUCAUCAACCAAACCCAGCUCUCUCUUGACGAUCUCUCGUUUGUUGCAUCCUGUCGUUGCCAAAAUGGAACCCUCCGCGCCCUAUGUCUUCACCAUGGUGAUCCUCGGCGCCAUUGUUUCCGUCAUUGCUGGCUUUGUGAUCCUCGAAUGGAUCAUCAAGCGCCGCACCGCACCCAGUGAGGGAAGACACACCCCCACCUCUCCUGUCUGAACAAGGACCAGGUCUCUCUCUCCAGUCAACUUUCAUUCCGGUUCAGCAUUACCCCUAACACUAUUUGUGCGGUUCAAAAUUCAGUCAACAAUCAAAUCAAUCAAUCAUCGGCACAGCACCGCUUCUGUGUUACGGACUAGUAUGGACGGCUACGAAAUGUGCAUAAGAGUUUUGAGUGAUGGAAUGGACAAUCAAUUGAGUUGUGCGAUGGAAAAAACCAGGAUCUCAGCCAGUUCGUGGCAUAGAAUCCUCACAUGAGGCCUUGUUUGAAACUGUGAGCAGCGUGGAUGUCACCUUUAGCUAGUCUAGUUCUCAGACCAAUGAUACCCUUCGGCUGCUCACGCCUGUGAAAGAAUCAUCUCCUUUCGUAGGUACCAUCCAAUGCUGUUCAACUCUAAAUCAAUGCAGGUGCGCCAACUCCGAUAGACCCUAUCGACCAGAAAGACUUUUCACCAAGUUUUCGAAUUCGUCAACGUGCCUGCCUGGAUUCAAUGCCAACUCUGAUUGAACUGCAACUGCAUGAACCCUGCACAAUCUCCUUUUCUCCUCAUUGAAUGCUUCAGCCAGAAGUAACACUUGUCAGUCAGUAAUCGACUUCAGUCUUCUCGCAUUCUCAAGGUCUCAACCCAGCUCUACGCAUCUCAUCCAAAUCGGCAUUCUCCAACCAACUGCGCAAUUGGCCAAACAGCGCCGCCGCAAACAGCGGAGGCACAGCAUUUCCAAUCUGCCGUCGUUGCUGUGUGGGGUUUCCAUCGAAAAGAAAGUCAUGUGGGAAAGUCUGUAGACAGGCAUGUUCACGAACAGUGUAAGUCCUCAGUCCACUUGGAUGAUACACAUUGUCACCACCACCGCCGGUCGUGAUGGUGCCAGCUAAGCCGUUCGCAUCGAUGGCAGGCCUGGGGUGAUCGAAAAAACGAGGCAGCUCAUGGUCGGCAGCACGCCGGUCGAGACCAAAAAUGGCGGCUGCGAUGGACGGUAGUGGCUGGAGACCUGGCUCGGUUCCAUGGGUGGGUGCCAGAAAGGGGGGCAAUUUCUCUCCGGGUCUAGAAAUAAGUUGUCAGCAAACAAAACACGCCUCUCCUCCAAAGACUGCCUUGAUAUUCUGUGUACUAACCCUGAAGCAAUCACAAUCAACCGGUCUCU